AAGUGGCGGAGCCAGGGCUCGCUCCUCGUACUCUGGCCCUACUCUCUGCUGCCAUGGCGCCUGGCACUCCUCUCCUGCUCUGCUUCCUUUUGUCCUGGACCGGUCCCCUUCGGGGACAGCAGCCCCACCUUGUGGAAUACAUGGAACGCCGCCUGGCUGCCUUAGAGGAGCGUCUGGCGCAGUGCCAGGACCAGACUAGUCGGCAUGCAGCCGAGCUGCGAGACUUCAAGAACAAGAUGGUCCCGCUGCUGGAGGUGGCUGAGAAGGAGCGGGAGGCGCUCCGGACCGAGGCUGACUCCAUCUCGGGGCGGGUGGACCGUCUGGAACGGGAGGUGGACUACCUGGAGACCCAGAACCCCACUCUCCCCUGUGUCGAGGUGGAUGAGAAGGGGACCGGAGGCCCAGGCACCAAAAGCAAGGGACGAAGAAAUGAGAAGUAUGACAUGGUGACAGACUGUGGCUAUACCAUCUCCCAGGUGAGAUCCAUGAAGAUCCUAAAGCGGUUUGGUGGCCCCACGGGUCUGUGGACCAAGGAUCCUCUGGGCCCGACAGAGAAGAUCUUCGUGUUGGACGGGACCCACAAUGACACAGUGUUCAUCUUCCCGCGGCCACGGGACUUCACCCUGGCCAUGGCUGCCCGGAAGGCUUCCCGGGUGCGGGUGCCCUUCCCCUGGGUGGGCACGGGCCAGCUGGUCUAUGGUGGCUUUCUGUACUAUGCCCGAAGGCCCCCUGGGGGACCAGGUGGGGGUGGUGAGGCGGAGAACACACUGCAACUCAUCAAAUUCCACCUGGCCAACCGCACGGUGGUGGAUAGCUCCGUGUUCCCAGCCGAGGGCCUGAUCCCCCCCUAUGGGCUCUCAGCCAGCACCUACAUCGACCUGGCAGCCGACGAGGAGGGCCUGUGGGCCGUCUAUGCCACCCGAGAGGAUGACAGGCACCUGUGUCUGGCCAAGCUAGACCCGCAGACGCUGGACACAGAGCAGCAGUGGGACACGCCCUGUCCCCGGGAGAACGCAGAGGCGGCCUUCGUCAUCUGUGGGACUCUCUAUGUUGUCUACAACACUCGCCCUGCCAGCCGGGCCCGUGUCCAGUGCUCCUUUGAUGCCAGUGGCACCCUGAGCCCGGAAAGGGCAGCCCAGCCUUAUUUCCCCCGGCGGUACGGGGCCCAUGCCAGCCUCCGCUAUAACCCUCGUGAGAGGCAGCUGUAUGCCUGGGACGAUGGCUAUCAGAUCCUCUACAAGCUGGAGAUGACGAAGAAGGAGGAAGAGAUUUGAAGAGCAAGCCUUGAGUUGUAGGGCUCUCUUGUCCACCCUGGUUUCCAUCCCACUCAAGUGCCUGCUCUGCCACCUCUAAAUGUUGGCCACCUGUGCUUCCAGUCCCCUUGUUUUAGUCAGUGGAAGCCAAAAUCCUCAUCUCCCUUCAUCUCCUGGGGACCCUGUCAAGUUGUGACAGUUGGAAGGGAACAAAUCUGAGAUGCUGCCUCCUGUUCUGCCCGAGGUCAAUGAGUUCAGGCCUGAGAUUGAGAGCCCCAAGCCCUGACUGGGGGUGACCCCAGGGAAUGGAAGAGUAUGUCUUGUCUCAUGAGUCUCAGGAGGUAGAGUGAAGCCGACUUUGAGCUCUGCCCUCACCUUCUCCCUGCAGAGCCCUGAGGAGCGGCAUGCUGCCCACAUCAUUCUGUAUGGAAACAUUUCACAUUAAACAGAAAUCCAUGGCUCCUCUCUUCCCUGUGUGU